AGCAGGGCAGGUCCAGCGGCGGCCUCUCCUCCACGCAGGCAGCACCAUGCUCAGGCCUUGGCUGCUGCUGCUCCUAUGCCACGGGGGAGCCCUGCUGGGCGCUGGUCUGGAUGACACUCCUUUUGCCAACCCAGGCCUCCAGAGACCGAAGGAUUCUCCACAGACAGAUUCCGAGGACGAGGCCGAUGGUGCGAGAGACCCCACUGAUGACAAGGGUGGCCUGCAUUCCUCUCCAGACAAGGGCUGGUGUGCGACGUGGGGAGCCGGCCACUUCUCCACCUUUGACCAGCACCUGUACGACUUCUCGGGGACCUGCAACUACAUCUUUGCAGCCGCCUGCAAGGACGCCUCGCCCACCUUCAGUGUCCAGCUGCGGCGAGGACCAGGCGGGAACAUCUCACGGGUCAUCGUGGAGCUGGGGGCCUCUGUCGUCACUGUGAACGAGGCGACCAUCUCCAUCAGGGACAUCGGGGUCGUCCACCUCCCCUACACCAGCAACGGACUGCAGAUCACACCCUUUGGCCAGAGUGUGCGGCUGGUGGCCAGGCAGCUGGAGCUGGAGCUGGUGGUCAUAUGGGGGCCAGACGCCCACCUCAUGGUCCUGGUGGAGAGGAAGUACAUGGGGCAGAUGUGCGGGCUGUGUGGGAACUUCGACGGGAAGACAACCAACGAGUUCCUGAGCGAGGACGGCAAACUGCUGGAGCCCCACAAGUAUGCUGCCCUCCAGAAGCUGGAUGACCCCAACGAGAUCUGUGCCUACGAGGCCAUCCCCAGCCCCCUGAUCCUGCAGGUCCAGCACGCCCGGAUCUGCACCCACCUGCUGGCCCUGGUGUCCUCGGAGUGCACCGUGCCCAAGGAGCCGUUCGUGCUGAGCUGCCAGGCAGACAUGGCCACGUGUGCCCAGCCAGGCAGGCCAAGCUGCAGCUGUGCCACGCUGUCCGAGUACUCGCGCCAGUGCAGCAUGGCCGGCCAGCCCGCCAGCCGCUGGCGGGGCCCUGGCCUCUGCCCGCUGGAUGCGUGCCCAGCCAACCAGGUGUACCAGGAAUGCGGCGCGCCCUGUGCCAGGACCUGCUCCAACCCCCAGCACAGCUGUUCUGGCUUCUGUACCUUCGGCUGCUUCUGCCCAGAAGGGAUGGUCCUGAAUGACCUCUCCAGAAACCGCAGCUGUGUGCCAGUCACCCAGUGCCCCUGCAUGCUCAACGGGGCGGUCUAUGCCCCUGGGGAGGUCACAACAGCAGCCUGCCGGACCUGCCAGUGCGUCAUGGGCCGUUGGACGUGCACGGAGCUGCCUUGCCCUGGCCACUGCUCCCUAGAAGGCAGCUCCUUUGUCACCACAUUCGACUCCAGGCCCUACCGUUUCCAUGGCACCUGCAGCUACAUCCUCCUCCAGAGCUCGCAGCUUCCCAACGAGGGCACCCUCAUGGCUGUGUACGACAAGUCGGGUUACUCACACUCGGAGACCUCCCUGGUCUCUGUCAUCUACCUGUCCAAGCAGGAUAAGAUCGUCAUCUCCCAGGACGAGAUCAUCACCAACCACGGAGACGCCAAGCGGCUGCCCUACCAGACGCGCAACAUCACGGUCUUCAGGCAGACGUCCACGCACCUCCAGAUGGCCACCAGCUUUGGGCUGGAGGUCGUGAUCCAGGUGCAGCCCAUCUUCCAGGUGUACAUCACCGUCGGACCCCAAUUCAGAGGCCAGACCAGAGGGCUCUGUGGCAACUUCAACGGCGACACGACCGACGACUUCACAACCAGCGUGGGCAUGGCCGAGGGCACCGCUUCGCUCUUCGUGGACUCCUGGCGGGCAGGGAACUGUCCGGCCGCUCUGGAGCGUGAGACUGACCCAUGCUCCAUGAGCCAGCUCAACAAGGUGUGCGCAGAGACCCACUGCUCAGUGCUGCUGAAGGAGGGCACCGUGUUCGAGACGUGCCACGCCGUGGUGAACCCCAAGCCCUUUUACAAGAGGUGCGUGUACGAGGCCUGCAACUACGAGGAGACCUUCCCGCAUAUCUGCGCCGCCCUGGGUGACUAUGCUCACGCGUGCGCCUCUCGGGGCAUGCUCCUCCGGGGCUGGAGGAGCAGCGUGGACAACUGCACCAUCCCUUGCACGGGCAACCGCACCUUCAGCUACGACAGCCAGGCCUGUGACCGUACCUGCCUGUCGCUGUCCGACCGCGAGGCUGAGUGCCACCGCAGUGCAGUGCCUGUGGACGGCUGCAACUGCCCCGAGGGCACCUACCUGAACCACAAGGCCGAGUGUGUGCGCCGGUCCCAGUGCCCGUGCCUGCUGGAGGGCCACAAGCCCAUCCCGGCCGAGCAGUCCGCCGUGGUCAAUGGCGUGAUCUGUUACUGCACCAAUGGGCGUCUGAGCUGCCCGGGCCAACAGCAGAGGCUCUUGGAUUCCUGCCCGGCUCCCAAGACAUUCCAGUCCUGUAGCCAGUCCUCAGAGAACAAGUUUGGAGCGGCAUGUGCCCCCACAUGCCAGAUGCUGGCCACCGGCGUCACCUGUGUGCCCACGAAGUGUGAGCCUGGCUGUGUCUGUGCUGAUGGGCUCUAUGAGAACGCCAACGGCCAGUGUGUGCCCCCCGAGGAGUGCCCGUGUGAGUUUGCAGGGGUGUCCUACUCCGGAGGAGCUGAGCUCCACACGGACUGCAGUACCUGCACCUGCUCGCGGGGGAAGUGGACCUGCCAGGAAAGCGCCAGCUGCCCAUCCACCUGCGUCCUCUACGGGGAGGGCCACAUGAUCACCUUCGACGGGCAGCGCUUCGUGUUCGACGGCAACUGCGAGUACAUCCUGGCCACGGACGGCUGUGGCGCCAACGACUCACAGUCCACCUUCAAGAUCCUGACAGAGAACGUCGUUUGCGGGAAGUCCGGAGUCACGUGCUCCCGGGCCAUCAGGAUCUCCCUGGGGGGCCUGUCCAUCGAGCUGGCAGACAGGAACUGCACAGUCAGCGGGGAGGACCCCCACGUGUUCUUACGGGUGAAGCCCAGCUCCCUGAACCUCGUUCUGGACAUGGGCAUCCCCGGGAGGUACAACUUGACCCUCAUCUGGAACAAGCACAUGACUGUCUUCAUCAAGAUCCAUCGCGCCUCCCAGGACGCCCUCUGCGGCUUGUGCGGUAACUACAACGGGAACAUGAAGGACGACUUCGAGACGCGCAGCAAGUACGUGGCAUCCGACGAGCUGGAGUUCGUGAACUCGUGGAAGGAGAGUCCGCUGUGCGGGGACGUGAGCUUCGUGGUGGACCCCUGCAGCCUCAAUGCCUUCCGCCGCUCCUGGGCCGAGCGCAAGUGCAGCAUCAUCAAUAGCCAGACCUUCGCCGCCUGCCACACCAAGGUGUACCACUUGCCCUACUACGAGGCCUGUGUGCGUGACACCUGCGGCUGUGACUCGGGCGGUGACUGCGAGUGUCUGUGCGAUGCUGUGGCUGCCUACGCCAAAGCCUGCCUGGACAAGGGCGUGUGCGUGGACUGGAGGGCCCCGGACUUCUGCCCCAUCUACUGCGACUUCUACAACACCCACGCGCGGCUAGGCAGCGGCGACUACCAGUACACACAGGAGGCCAACUGCACGUGGCACUACCAGCCCUGUCUCUGCCCCGGGCGGCCACAGAGCCUCCCGGACGUCAACAUCGAAGGCUGCUACAACUGCUCCCAGGAUGAGUACUUCGACCACGACAAAGGGACAUGUGUGCCAUGCGCACUGUCUCUCUGCACGUGGCACUACCAGCCCUGUCUCUGCCCCGGGCGGCCACAGAGCCUCCCGGACGUCAACAUCGAAGGCUGCUACAACUGCUCCCAGGAUGAGUACUUCGACCACGACAAAGGGACAUGUGUGCCAUGCGGGCCGCCCCCCACGCCGCCGCCUCCCACCACAGGCUCGCCGCCCACACCAGCCCAGCCUACCACAGUGACCCUCAACACCACAGGGCUCCUCAGCUCCCCACACACGCCUGUUGGAUCCACCGGGACUCCCGCCCUGCCAGCCACGUCCACAGCUGGACCCUCAGCCUCCUCCUCUGUACAGACUGGAACAGCCUCGACCAUGCAGGCGGAACCUACAGUCUCAGGAGAAUCACCUCGAACCACUGCAGCCAUUACUCCGUGGGCCACGUCAGCACUGGCCCCCACAACCACACCAAGAUCAACACCCAUAGGACUCACCAUGACCCAGGCCACAACUCAGACCACAGCAUCUUCUCUCAGCUCAUCCACCAAGUCCACAGCUCAGUCCACGUCACGCACGACAGAGGCACAGCCAACCCUAGCAACAUCAGAGACCGCCCCCAGCUCAGCACCCAGCCAUCAGGGAACCCCGGGCACAACAAGCAGCCAGGAGACACAACACACACAGUCACGUCCCACCCCUGCCAACACAACUGGUCAGACAGAGCAAACGACAUUACCCACAGGAUCCCCGGGAACACCAACCAUGAGCACUUUGACCCCCAAAACAGCCACCUCCCUGAGAACGCCGUAUACCCCUACCACCACACACUCCCCACCCACGCUCUCAGUAUCAGCCACACCACACACAAUGGGACCCUCCUCGGGGACAUCCUUCAACACUCCCACCACAGGGACCCCACCAGGCCCGCACAGCACACCUCCCAUUCCUAUUCCAACUCUUGCCACCUCGUCAGGAACUCCCACCACUCCCCGAGUCAUCACACCUACCCAACAUCACACCCCUUCCACUUCCGCCUCGAAGCCCACGGGCACCGUUCUGCUAACGACCACUGUCCAAGGCACAGGUCCCACAAACUCUGUCCCACCGCUAACGAGCACCACCAGGGGGACGAGCCACACCCACAGCCCAUUCAGCACGGCCAGCACCUCUGCAUCCCCAGGGCCUGAAACACCCCACUAUGAAUCCACAUCGGCAUUCACCACCAUCACUCCCACAUCCACAAAUACAGGAACGGGGACCCCGGUAGCGCACACCAGCUCCGCCACCACAGGCAGCCCCCACACUCCUUCCACCACACACUCUUCGACCACACUUUCUGUCUCAGCCAUGACUCACACCACAGGUUCCCACACAGGGACACCCUUCAAGACCACCACCAUCCUUCCGUCUCCAUCUGGCCCUCACACCACACUUCCAACUCGUGUUCCCACAUUUUCUACCUCCUCGGUCACGCCAUCCACUCACCGAGUCAUCACACCGACCAACCAGCAGACUUUCUCUUCCUCCACCCACAAGCCAACGGGCACCAUUCUCCCAACCACCUCAGUCCAAGGGACAGGUCCCACACACUCAGCCCCACCUCUGACGAGCACCACCAGUGGGACCAGCCAUGCCCACAGCUCAUUCAGCACAGCCAGAACCUCCACAUCUUCAGUGUCAAACACACACCAUGAAUCCACAACUGCAUCUGCAACCACCAUCACUCCCAAGCCCACUAGUAGGGGUACUGGGACCCCAGGUGUAUACACCUCUACCACCCCUAAAGGUUCACACACUCCUUUCACCACACACCAGCAAUCCACACUAUCUGUCUUAUCCACACCACACACCACAGGAACCCCCUCAAGAACAUCAUUCAAGACCACCACCAUCCUUCCAUCUCCAUCUGGCCCUCACACCACAUUUUCUACUCUCAGUCCCACAUUUUCAACAUCCUCUGUCACUCCAACCACUCACCGGGCCAUCACACCUACCCACCAGCAGACCUUAUCCACCUCCUCUCUCAAGACCACAGGAUCCAUUCUCCCAACCACCUCAGUCCAGAGCACAGGUCCCACACACUCAGUUCCACCACUGACGAGCACCACCAGUGGGACCAGCCAUGCCCCCAGCCCAUUCAGCACAACCAGAACCUCUACUUUCCCAGUCUCUAAAACAACCCACCACGCAUCCACAUCAAUAUCUGCCACCACCAUUACUCCCAGGUCCACGAGUAGAGAAACUGGGACUACAGUGGUGCACACUAGUAGUCCCCACACACCUUUCACUACACACUCCUCAACCACACUGUCUAUCUCAGCAACACCACAUACGACUGGUACACCCUCGGAAAUAUCCUUCAAGACCACCUCCAUCAAUCCAUCUCCAUCUGGCCCUCACACCACACUUUCUACUCUUGUUCCUACAUUUUCUACCUCCUCAGUCACUCCAUCCACUCACCGAGUCAUCACACCUACCCCCCAGCAGACUUUCUCUUCCGCUACCCCAAAGCCUACAAGCAUCAUUCUCCCAACCACUUCAGUCCAAGGGACAGGUCCCACGCACUCAGUUCCACCUCUGACAAGCACCACAGGUGGGACCAGCCAUGCCCACAGUUCAUUCAGCACAGCCAAAACCUCCACUUCUUUGGUAUCACAACCAUCACCCACAGCCAACAGGCACUUUUAUUCCAACUACUUCAAUCCAAGGAACAAGUGCCCCACUCUCAUCCUCUCCAAACACAGGCACAACAAAGGGGACCAGUACAGCCAAAACCUCCACUUCCCCAGUGUCGCACACACCACACCACAAAUCCACAUCAACACCUACUUCUAUCAUCACUCCCAAAACGACAAGUGGAGGCUCUAUUCUCCCAACCACUUCUGUUCAAGAAACAGGACCCACAUACUCAGUUCCACCACUGAUGAGCACCACGAGGGGGACGAGCCAUUCCACCAGCCCAUUCAGCACGGCCAGCACCUCUACAUCCACAGGGCCUGA